AUGGACUCUGCUGAAAUCCUCUUCGCUGUGCUCAUCAUCGCAGUCGCGGUCGUCUCUCUGCUCUCCAACCUUCUGGUGCUGCUAUGUUUCGUCCACAGCACCGAGAUCCGUCGACAGGUGCCCGGUGUGUUCACCAUGAACCUGUCCUUCUGCAACAUCCUCAUCACCGUCCUGAACAUGCCGGCCACCUUGGUGGGGAUUAUCAGGGACCAGCAGCCGUUCGGGGAUUGCAUCUGCCACACGGUGAGCUUCUUGGAGACCUUCCUGACAGCCAACACUAUGCUGAGCAUGGCAGCUCUCAGCAUCGACAGGUGGAUAGCUGUGGUGUUCCCUCUGAGUUACUCCACCAAGAUGCGCUACAAGGACGCCUUGAUCAUGGUGUGCUACUCCUGGUUGCACUCCUUCACCUUCUCCCUGACGGCUCUGCUCUUCUCCUGGGUCAACUACAACCACGUGUAUGCGUCCUGCACCUUGCAACCGAGGGAGGAAGGUGGAGACAGGAUCAGGUUCGCGAUCUUCACCGUGGUGUUCCACGCCACCAGCUUCAUCCUCUCCCUGCUCAUCCUGUGCUUCACCUACUUGAAGGUGUUGAAAGUCGCCAGGUUUCACUGCAAAAGGAUUGAUGUUAUCACCAUGCAGACUCUUUUCCUACUGGUCGACAUUCACCCGAGCGUGAAACAAAGAUGUUUAGCGGAGCAAAAGAGGAGAAAGCAGAGAGCCACGAAGAAGAUCAGCAUCUUCAUCGGCUCAUUCAUCAUCUGCUUUGCUCCCUAUGUAAUAACAAGGUUGGCCGAGCUCAUACCCUUCGUGGACAUCAACCGCCACUGGGGAAUCAUCAGUAAGUGCCUCACAUACAGCAAGGCUGCGUCCGACCCCUUUGCCUACUCCCUCCUACGUCAGCAGUACAAGAAAGUCCUGGUUACCGUCGUCAACAGGCUGCUCCGCCGUGACCUGUACCCCUCAUCUGGCCAUAACAGCUCUUUGGACACAGAGAACGACUACUGUCUCCAGAGGAUCAGCUAA